CAAAAAAAACAAAAAAAACAAACUCCUCCCCAGACCUGGAGCUCCCUGGAACUUCCUCAAAAUCCAACCGAUAUAAACUUGCACACUGACCUACUUUCCACAGCAGAGCCAGAAGAAGUCGGACUCAGAAGGACGUCACCGGAAUCUUUGCACUCAAGGAUGUUGCGGUUUUUGUGCGCGUUGCUGCUGGCAGCCUCGGCUCUGAGCCACCUGGACGAAGCCUUCCUGGACGGCCAGUGGGAACAGUGGAAGGUCGAACACGGGAGAGAGUACAACGGCCUGGACGAGGAGGGGAUCCGCAGGGCCAUCUGGGAGAAGAACACGCUCAUGAUCGAAGCCCACAACCAGGAGGCGGCGCUGGGCAUUCACUCCUACGAGAUGGGGAUGAACCACCUGGGAGACAUGACGUCCGAGGAAAUGGUCGAGAAGAUGACGGGCCUGCAGUUGCCGCUGAACCUGGAGCGCAGCUUCACCAUGGCUCUGGACGACAAGGUGUCCAAAAUCCCCAAAUCCGUGGACUACCGCAAGAAAGGCAUGGUGACUCCGGUCAAGAACCAGGGCUCCUGCGGCUCCUGCUGGGCCUUCAGCUCAGCCGGGGCCCUCGAGGGCCAGAUGGCCAAGACGACGGGUCAGCUGGUGGACCUCAGUCCUCAGAACCUGGUGGACUGUGUCACGGAGAACGACGGCUGUGGAGGAGGAUACAUGACCAACGCCUUCAAGUACGUGCAGGAGAACGGAGGCCUGGACUCUGAGGAGGCCUACCCGUACGCCGGAGAGGACCAGUCGUGCCGCUACAAUUCAUCGGGCAUGGCGGCGGAGUGCAAAGGCUACAAGGAAAUCCCCGUGGGCGACGAGCACGCGCUGGCUGUCGCUCUGUUCAAAGUGGGUCCGGUGUCCGUUGGCAUCGACGCCUCACAGGGAACCUUCCAGUUCUAUCAGAGAGGCAUCUACUACGACCGCAACUGCAACAAGGACGACGUCAACCACGCCGUGCUGGCGGUCGGCUACGGAGUGAACCCCAAGGGCCGGAAGUUCUGGAUCGUCAAGAACAGCUGGGGCGAGAGCUGGGGCAAGAAUGGCUACAUCCUGAUGGCACGCAACCGCGACAACCUCUGCGGCAUCGCCAACCUCGCCAGCUACCCCGUCGUGUGAGGCGGGACGAGCGUGGAGCUCAGAGGAAGACGACAAGGGGGGGGGGGGGGGCUUCGCUGAGACUACUAAACGUGAAAAGAGUUUCUUCCAAAUCUCAGUAACCACCUCAAACAUGAUAAAAGAUUCCGCCGACCUAUUUUUCUAAAUUCAAAUUGGACUUUUACUUUCUUUCGGGAUGAAUCUCUUCCAGUGUGAAAAGGGGGUUCAGUGUUUUGCACCCAGAAAUGUCGGAGGACGUCUGGUUAUCUCGAGUUGUUCCAAGCACUUUGAAGCCCUGAAGUCUUUGCAGGUUUAUCUCCACAGCGGCAGACCUCCGCUGGGUUGGGCCCCAUGAUGAAACACUUUCAAUGUCAGUACCUCCAGGGACACGGCGCUAGUGACGCUAACCACAGUCCCGAGUUAAAUCCACGGACCCGGCAGGCACAGCGACGUGUUCCAGUGUGUGGCUGGCUGCCUGUGAUACGUUCAGUGUCUAAAGCUGAAUUACAGUUCGUGAGAAAACUAACCAAUUUUAUGUUCGGUGUGACAGGAAACAUUGCUGGGCAAUGGGAGCUCCUUUCUUCUCCUGAUUAUUCUUUAACUUUUGUUGUUGUUCUGUUCGGCACUUUUCUGAUGAUUGAAACUGUAAACUGAUGUUUUCUAUGAAUAUUCUCUCGAAUAAAGGUUUCAUUUUGAAUUUGAA